AUGCCACGAAAGCGAAAAGCUACUAUAGCCAGGAUAAAUAAUCUUCGAUCUGCAAGGCGCCGCUCUACUCCCACAAAGAUUACAAAUCCAACUGAUCAAGAAGUCAAAGAACAUCAGCAGAAGAUACAUGCAGGUGACAAUGAAGACGAUGAAGCGGAAACAGAAGGUCCUAUCACAAUUGUCCCACUGGAACACCAAGAGGAUAUUCAAACCGGUCUUAGAAGCCCUGCACCCAGCCUAGAGGGCGGUCAAUAUACCUUUCGAGCUUCUGUGGACACAGGUGCGCUACAGGGGAGACCACACGAGCAAGAGGGCGUCUUCCUUGAAUGGUCUGCGUUUCCCAAUGCGAUGGGCAAAGUCGAUGGCUCCAAUAGCACAGCAGUACCCAACCCCUUUCACACUUGUUCCUCCAAUCCCCAAGCACAGCAAUAG